UGAACCCUGAUCGGCAUUUCCCUACCCCACCCCACUCUCUCACUGUGGCCGUCGUCUCUGAUUUCUGAUCGGAAAAAAGCUCAAAGAUGGACGAAGACGACGAUGGGUCCCCGUCGAUUGUGACUCCAUUGACCGCGAUCGCUUCUGAUUUUCAUCCCUUCCACGAUCACAACCUCCAGCUCGAGCCAUUUUACCCUCUCACCCCCGCUUCUUCCACUGCCAAAAGCCCUCGCUUCGAACUUCCUCAAGGCUGGGAGAUUCUAGAAGUGCCUCGCUCCGUUGGCAACCAAAUUGACAAGUAUUACUACAAACCAGGAUCUGGUAUAAGGUUCAGAUCUAUGAAAGAAGUUGAGAGAUAUCUCAGUGGUCAUGAAUAUACCCCUCCUCCUUCCCGCAAAACGCCUACACCACAGAGCAAGUGUAUCAGUAAGAAAUCCAGUCAGAAGAAGAUGGUUGUCUCAGGCGGGAAUUUGCUGAAGCUGGACAAGAUAUCUGAUCGAGGCCAAUUAACCAUUGUAGGUUCUGCUAAUACUGCAGGCACAUCACAAUUUGUUCUUCCCGACGGUUGGGUUGUUGAAGAAGUGCCUCGAAAAGAUCUUGAACAUACCGACAAGUACUAUUACGAGCCGGGGACUGGGCAAAAGUUCAGAUCGCUAGUUGCUGUCGAGAGAUACCUUUCAGCAAUGGACAUUGAAAAUGCUCCCCUGUCUAAGAUGUUUAAUCUUGGCAAUAAACGCGUUAAGAAAUCUGGGUCGAGGAGGAAGAGAUCUAAGAAGGAUAAAAAGAUAAAUAGUUCGGCGGUUGCAUCAGAUUUUUCGAGAACGCAUGUAAAAAUCAACUGGGUUCUUGCUGAUCCCGGAGGUGGUUCGUGGAAUGCUUUUAUCGGUCAAUCUAUUAUACCAGAACACAUAAGACAGCUUUGGGACAAGAAGUUUGAGUCAUCCGUUAAUAGACACAACCCUUAGUGUUUAUUUUGAAGACGAUUGAAUGCGGUUUUGCAGGUAAUAGAAGAUGUUAUGAAUGCCGACGAAGCAAAAAGUAGUUCAAUUUUAAACAGACAUAUGUUGGUGUGCUAAUCGUGUAAAUGAAAUGAGACAUUUUAUGUCUUUUAUGUGA